AAACACCACCUUAAGCACGACUGUGCCCCGCUCUGACUCAAGAAGUUUCUCUGCGGCUCCCUGUGGCCCACUAACUGAACUCCGUAACACGGCGGGGGCGGGGGCAGGAGGUGUCGCUGUUGUCUCCCUGAGGCUAUUUUACCUUCCUCUCUGAAGAGGGCAGGGCGUUGCCCCGGCAGCGGACUGAUUCACCUGUGCCUGCUUCUUCACGCCAACUCGGGAACGGUUAAAGAGGAGGAGAGGGCGGAGAGCCGAGCAGGGACCCGCGGGGAGGAGGGGAACGCCCCUUUUCGGGUCCCUGCAAGAGUUUCCGCCUGGACCCUCGUCUCGGGUUCCUCUGCGGGAAUCCCGGGCCGCUCCGGGCUCCGCGGGGAGGGCCAAGGCCGUACGAAGGGCAAGGCAAGGGAGCCCGAGUCCCCGACCGCCUCCGUUGUCUAGGGGCGGGACAACGGCGGCUCGGGGACAAAGUGCAGGGAGACUCCCGAGGAGAUAAGAGGGAGAGGCGAAGGAAGGGGGCGGGGAGCCAGCGCCCCGGGACUCAAGGCUCGCGCUCCCGGCGGUCUUGGCCGAGAGCCGAGCUCAGCCCGCCGGGGAGGGGGCGCCCUAGAGCCUCUUCACCCCAGCCGCUGCCGGGAUGCCGAGAAGCCCCGCGGGCCGCGGCGGCCGGGCGACCGGGCGGCUAGCGAGCGCGGGCGGCGGCCGGGGCCCGCUCGCGCCCGCCCCACCGGAGCGCGCGGGGCGGGAGGCGGGGCUGCCCGGCUCACCUGGCCGUUUGGGGCGGAGCCGCCCGCGACCCGGGGACGCGGAGGGAGCGGCGGUACCCACGGGGCUCUAGAGGGGCUUGCCCUGCGUACCCCGCCCGAGCUCCCACCCUCCCAAGCACACCCCCCCACACACACACCUCCCGCGCCGGGCCCUCUCGCGGCUCGCGGCCUCUCUCCCUCCCUCUCCCCUCCUUUGCUCCCUCCCUCCGAGCCCAAUUGCUCAAGCCGCUUCCUUCCCCAACGCCAGCGCCAGUUCCUCUCCCGGAGGGGCCCGGGAAGGGCAGCGAACGCUCGACACUGGAAGCGCCGCGGCGGCAGCGGCCGGACCAUGGCCGAGCCCCGAGGGGCCGCGAACCCGGGGCGCAAGGCCUCCCUCGCCGCCACCGCGCUGAGCUCGCGGAGCGCCGCGCCACCCCGCCCCCCGAGAGCGGACCCCAGCAGCCUGGGCAGGUACCGGGACCACGCCGCCGCGGCCGCCGCCUCCCGGGACUUGCACGGCUCGCCGAUGCUCUCGGGAACGGGCAGCGGCCGCCGGCGCGGAGCGCUGUGGGAGCUGCUGGGGCUGCAGGGGGCGGCCCCCGCCGGCUGGCUGUCGGAGGAGCGCGCCGAGGAGCAGUCCCCGGCCGGGCCGAACGGUCCGGGGGGCGGCGGCGGCGGGCUGUGCCUGGAGCCCCACGAGCACGCGUGGAUACUGGCGGCCGCCGAGGGCCGCCUUGAGGUGCUGUGGGAGCAGCUGGAAGCCGAGCCCGGGCUGCUGCUGCGGUGCGACCCGAUCACGGGCUACACGGUGCUGCACUGGCUGGCCAAGCACGGGUGCCACGAGGAGCUCAUCCUGGUGUACGACUUCGCCCAGCGCCGGGGGCUGCAGCUCGACGUGAGCGCCUCGGGCAGCGGCGGCCUCACGCCCCUCCACCUGGCGGCCCUGCAGGGCCACGACAUGGUCAUCAAGGUGCUGGUGGGCGCCUUGGGGGCUGACCCCACGCGCCGCGACUACAGCGGCCACCGGGCCUGUCACUACCUGCGACCCGACGCGCCGCGGAGCCUGCGGGAGCUGUCGGGGGCCGAGGACUGGGAGACGGCGGGCGGCAGAGGGCGGAACAACGCCAACAACAACAGCAGCGGCUGCGCCGCCGCGUGGACGCUGCGACGGACCCCGAGCGCGGUGGGCGCGACCGCCGUGGAGAAGAACUACACGCCCCGAAAGGAGAAGGACUACGCGGGCAGCCGGGUGGCGCAAAUUCAGGGCCUUUUCCGCCAAAUAUUCUCCUUCUUCCAGGACCGGUGAGGGCGACGGAGACCGGAGAGCGCGGAGGGACCGCGACGCCGCGUCGAGGCCUCGGUCUCCGGUUGUCUCGGGCCCCGCCCGAAGGGGCGGCAGCUCGGGCCGAAGCCGAGCGCGCUGGGCCUGCAAGCGGCGGACCACCUCCAGCUUUGUCUCAGGUGCCUGUCCCAGGUCUUCUACGGCCACCGGCCAGGAGACCUGGGGACCAGGGUACCCUCACCGAGACAGCAAAGACCAAGCCGCCCUGACGCCGAGUCCCAAGACUACAGGACUACGGAGUUAGGAGCGGGAGUGCCGUCCUACGUGGGAGAGGAAAACUUAACGGUUCCAAGAGCCAUUUCUGGGCAGGCAGAGGCUCUGGGUUUAUUAGGAAGCACUCGCUUAGAAGAACGAGUUAAGACUAUAAACCACGGAUAACAGAGGAAACACCUAACUGAAGGCUUGACUCGGCUGUUCCUGCGGGCAGAGUCACCCUUCCCCCCAACCUGCUCCUGACACCUCCAGGCUUUUACGGGUACUUUUUCUAAUGUGUCACGGAUGACUUCUUGAGCAUAUUAAAGCGGAGUAUGUUUUCCUUUCACAUGACAAAGCUGUCCUUUGAGUGACUUUUUUUUUUUUUCCAUUAACUGCCGAGUGCGGGAAGCUUCCUACAUUUGCAGGGAAGAGCUCACCAGCUGGCCAGGAGCUAGUGAUCCGGGCGGCUCGGGACCUCCUUCCCACAGCAGAUGGCCAAGCCGUGCACUGGAAGGAACUGCUUUCACCUUGGCUCUGAGUAGAGACACACAGUUUGCCUGUCCCCCGGGGCUCUUUGGCCGCUAGGUCUGGCUUCCCGCACAAGUCUCAUCCUCGAGGAGUCGUCUGUAGGGGGCAGAGGGGUGGGAGAAGGGCGAAAUGGGCAAGUGUACAUUUCUGAUAUUUUGUGGUGAGUCAUGUAAUUUACCUGGACUUCUGCCCUCCCAUGAGACACACCCACUGGCACUUUUUCCGAGAUAGGGCUUCUUUAAUCAUCGGCAUUGCUUUUUCAUUACAUGUAAUCUAUAAGUUAUAGUUUGGAAAAUUGCCCCCAUUCAGAAAUUGUGUAUGAAGACAGUAGAAUACAGGUUGACUUUGGCUGAAGGGAGGAAAAAGCAGUUGGUGGCUAGGGAUCCAUGCUGCCUUAGAGAACGGCGCGUUUUCAAAAUAGCACGGCAUCCCUGGAAGCUUGGACAGCCCUUGCAAUGGACUGUUGUGUCCCCAGCCCUCCCAUCCGCAUCCUUGAACACCAGGGAGAAAUUGAGUCAUCACAGAACACAGAAAGGCCACCCUGAGCUCAUCCACACAGGUUUCCGUCUCCGCCUGGCCCGGCUGCUUGGCCCUCUCUGUUACCUCUUCCGGGCUCAAAACGUUACGAUCUUCCCUUAAUAACCCACCGGGUUCUUGUCAUCCAUGAAAUGAUCCAAACCCUCCCUGUAAACGUUCUCGGCCUGUCGUAUGUGUCUAGGAACUACACCUUAAAUUGACACA